UUGUUUGGAAUUUAUGGACAAGGCUGAUGUUCUGGAGUAUUAUGACCAAACUGUAAACUCUCCUAAUGGAUCCUUCUAUAUACCAGCUGUCUUAAGGGUUCCACAUUUACUGCAGGUCGUUAAGAGAAGAAGACUCAAAAGCAAUCUUAGUCGUACAAAUAUACUUCAGCGCGACGAUUUCACUUGUCAGUAUUGUUCUUCAGGUGAGAAUUUGACCAUUGACCACGUUCUUCCAAUUGCACGUGGUGGAGAAUGGACAUGGGAAAAUUUGGUUACUGCUUGUGAAAAAUGUAACUCGAGAAAAGGCCAGAAAACUGUAGAGGAAGCAAAUAUGAAGCUAAUGAAGGUCCCCAAGGCUCCUAAGGAUUAUGACAUAGUUGCCAUACCACUGACAAGCUCAACUAUAAAGAUGCUGAGAAAGAAAAAGGGAAUGCCUGAAGAGUGGCAGCAAUACCUAGCAAAGCCAUCUUCAGAGCCUUAAACAUACAAGUUCUGAUGCAGUUUGUACAUUCACUUACAUUCUGCCUUUCUAAUGUACAUAAUAUUCAUGUAAAGUGAAAUAGGCUGAUGACGUAUAUCUUCUUUACGCCUCGCAUCUUCAUUUCUAAUGUUACAAUGUAUGUAUAUUUGUCAUGAUAAAAAUAAAAAUCCUCCAGUUUAAUAGAAAAAAACCUAUUAUG